AUGCUCCAGCAUGUAGUCCUUCUGCGAACAGUGGCUGUCGAUACCGCACGCAUCUCGCUCACCGCCCUCAGGAGCUAUGUCUCCCCUGCGACCGGACGACAAGUUGGAUCUGGCCAACCCACCCAAUCGACAUCGCAACAAGCUGCUGACAAAGGGCCUCCCUUGAUCAAUUUCUCGUACGAGCCGAACCCUCAGCCCUUCAACUGCACAACUCAACACACGACGCGUAUCUUCGCCGCAGACCCAUUUCAUCCGUUCUUCCCCAAAAUUCAACGCAGGGUCGCGGCGCACGACCCCAAAGACUUCAUAUGGGUCGUGCGCUGUGCAACGGACAUCUGCAAGAAACCAACCUACCGCCACAGUGUUCAGAAGAAGCUGCGUAGAGCCUUCAAGGAAGCUCUAAGACAGAAAGGGUAUGAUGAAAAGGGCCUUCCAUUGCAGCAGGCAAACGUGGCCAAGGUCGAUGGGACGAGGACAUCAGCCGCUGCAGCCACUGGCCGACUCAGCGGGGCGCUAGCCUUGUUCUUCGUCGGGAACCAGAAGAGCGUGCUGACGGCGAAAGGUGGAGAGAUGAAAGCUGAGGCGGAGAGAAUUUUGAGAAAAGUGUUGCAGAUUAGGUAUGCGGCGAAGAAAGGACAAGAGCAGGGUAGAGCGAAUAGUCCGUCCUUGCUGAGGGGAUCGUCGCCGCAAUAUAAACGGCAGACUGCGCAGGGAUGGAAGCUAGGUCUUCAGAAGGCAAAACGUGCUACUCAGGCUGCGAACGACCGUUCUGCGAGACCUGAUUGGCAGAGAUAGAUACUCGUUGCCCUGGUCUUCUGGCUAUGGGACGCAUCAAC